AUAAGCUUGCUUAUAAUUCCCUCACAAAAAAAGUGACAUAUCACCCACCACUGAAAAAAGCCAUGUGAGUAGCAGUAUUAGAAACUCUGUUACUAUUUCUCUAAAAACUUACUUUCUUAAUUAUCGGAGGAUUUUUGGUCUGUAUUGUUCAUUGUUUUGCUGGGUUUCGACGACAUCUAAUCACUCCAAGUAAGUAAAAAUCUAUGCAAUUCCCGUUGUGAGCCGUUUGACUACUCUCGAUCCAAUUUCAGGAAUCAACAAAGUAGAACUAUGCCUGGUUCUACUGAGUGGGGGCAAUACUACCAACAAGCCUUCAUGGAUAAUGGGCAGGCAACACCCACUAAUGGAGGAUUUUCAGAUGCAACUAUUGUCACAACAAGUACCACUUUAGUGACAGAGAGCAACGGCAGCCCCAGCAGUUCACAUACAGGAGGAGGAGGUCAGCUAACUCCAACAAGAAGUGUAUCCAAACCAAUCAGAAGGAGGUCUAGAGUUUCAAAGAAGACACCGAUCACUCUCCUCAAUGCCAACGCCAACAACUUUCGAGCUUUGGUGCAACAAUUCACAGGAUGUGCUACUUCUAGCUCACCCAUUUCCUUUGGGAACCAAAGGGGUCCUAUCAACUUGAGUUUUGGAUCCAACAAUAACGUGACUAGUUCUGUUAUGGCACCUUUUGGUAAUCACAACUACAGCUACCAAUAUCAACAACAAUUGCAGCGGGUGGUGCAGCCGCCACCGCAAGUGCAACAACACCAACAACGACGACAGCCGCUGCUGCAAUUGCAAGAAAAUCAACAAGUUCAUCAAGUGCAACCGAUUGACAAUAAUAUUAGUGGUAGUCAUGAAUUGUUUCAAUAUUCAUUGGGUGGUGGUGGUUAUAAUCCUAUACCAAAUCUGGAGACUCUGGAUGAAUUUUCCAUGGAUCAAGAAGAUAUAGCUUUGCAUGACUUUUCUAUUGAUCUCUAGUAAGUUUAGGAAUAUUAUGAUGCUCAUGUUACUGCAUAUUGACUAGGAAAAAGAAGAAAAAAAAAAAAAAGGUAUCUAGAUUUUUCUUUAAUUGUAAUUUCAUUAACCCGUAUGCUGUAAUAUUAGAACAAUAAAUACUCGUGUGUGAUAAUUUUUUCACCGUAAAUUAUUAUUCGGUAAAAGAAUCUCAUAUAGCAUCUUGUAUACAAGUAUUUAUAUGCUUUUUUUUCUUC